CCUCAGCCUAGCAGUUCGGUCCCUCAGGGAGUUUAGAUGUGUCUAUAGAGCUUUGAUGACCUUGCCUUGUACAAGUUGUGCUUGCUUCCCCAGUAUUGUGGACACCAUAUUUUGAUCUUGAAGGCGAAAAUAUUUUUUACAUGACAGAACCUAGAAAAUUAAUCCAACUAUCAUUGCUUCAUCUGGACUGCAGUAUUUUUUUCUUCUGGCAAAGUAGUGUUUUCAGCUCAUGCCAAUACUGGGGAUUCCUAUCAUUCUUGAUAAUAACUUUAGUACUCAGGGAAAAUAGUCCUUCUUUUUGUGAACCCUCAAAUUCACUUGAAUUAUUCAAAGGUAAUUUACCACUGUUUAGCUCACUUCCUACUGCUUUCCUUUUAAGAAUUUAUGAGACAUAUUCCAACACAUAUACAUAUCUUCUUACUGUUUUGAUCUUUUUCAAUACCUGUGGUUAUAAAUAAAAAGUGAAAGAAGUAAAUAAUAUUAAAAUGAAAACACAUUGCUCAAAUCCUUGACUUAGUCCUGGUAACCUUUUCCGGACUAUUUAAAAAAAAAAAAAUCUAUAAUAUUCCGUUUUCCUGUAUUGAUUUCUCACUUUCUCAACAUCUAAUUAUCCAGUUUCCAAAUUUUUCAGGUCUUUGACUUUGUACUGCCUCCUGCCUGCUUACUGGCUAUUUCACUGCUAAUUAACACCUCAUCACUGAGUAGGAAAGCCUGGUGGUGUAGUGGUUAAGAGCUACGGCUGCUAACCAAGAGGUGUGCAGUUCGAAUCCACCAGGCACUCCUUGGAAACCCUAUGGGGAAGUUCUACUCUAUCCUAUAGGGUCGCUAUGAGUUGGAAUCGACUCAAUGCGCCUGGGGUUUUUUGGGUAUCACUGAGUAAGCAGGGGAAGUAAAAGGUCCUGAAAUUUAAUCUGGUCAUGUUCCUUGUUAGCAUCUAUAAUGAAAAGUUUCAUGGAACUGAUAGAAAUUGUGAUAUUAAAUGGGAGUUUGGGGAUUAUCUAUGACAUUUUAUUAUCUGUGCUAUUCCUGUUUUCCGUAUUGAAGCUAGCUAUAAUGUCAUUGGAAAAUUUGAUAAAAUGGAAGCAAGUACUAGGUUAGUAGUAGGGAAUUUAGUUUUGUAUCCUAACUAAGCCACUUAACUAGCCAUGCAACUAGUCUUUACUACUUGUUUUACCCAUCUUUGAUGUUACAGAUUGGAUUAAAUGAUCUUCCAGACCUUGUACUUCUGAGUGCUGUGGUUCUCUCUCUAGUAUUUGUCUCUCUCUUUGGAGGUCAUGAAACGAGUGCGCACAGAGCAGAUUCAGAUGGCAGUGUCCUGCUACCUCAAACGCCGGCAGUACGUGGAUUCAGAAGGUCCCCUGAAACAAGGAUUGAGACUGUCACAGACUGCUGAAGAGAUGGCAGCUAAUCUCACAGUCCAAUCAGAAUCUGGUUGUGCCAACAUAGUGUCUGCAGCACCUUGCCAGGCAGAGCCCCAGCAAUAUGAAGUACAGUUUGGACGACUACGGAAUUUUCUCACUGAUUCUGAUUCCCAGCACAGCCAUGAAGUGUUGCCUCUCCUCUAUCCUCUCUUUGUCUACCUCCAUCUCAACCUGGUCCAGAACAGUCCGAAGAGCACAGUGGAAAGUUUUUACAGCCGCUUCCAUGGAAUGUUUUUACAGAACGCUAGCCAGAAGGAUGUCAUUGAGCAGCUACAGACCACUCAAACCAUCCAGGACAUCCUGUCUAACUUCAAACUUCGAGCAUUCCUAGAUAACAAGUAUGUGGUCCGUCUCCAAGAAGACAGCUACAACUACCUUAUCCGCUACCUCCAAAGUGACAACAAUACUGCCCUGUGCAAAGUCCUCUCCUUACACAUUCAUCUUGAUGUGCAGCCUGCCAAGAGAACAGACUACCAACUCUAUGCCAGUGGCAGCUCCUCACGUAGUGAGAGCAGCGGCUUAGAGCCCAGUGACAUGCCCACCCCUAUUCUGCAGAAUGAGGCUGCCCUGGAGGUCUUGCAGGAGAGCAUUAAGCGAGUCAAGGAUGGGCCUCCUUCACUUACCACCAUCUGUUUCUAUGCCUUCUAUAACACAGAGCAGCUGCUGAACACUGCAGAAAUUUCCCCAGAUAGCAAGCUGCUUGCUGCUGGGUUUGACAACUCCUGUGUAAAACUUUGGAGUUUACGAUCCAAGAAGUUAAAGUCAGAACCCCACCAAGUAGACGUGUCCCGCAUCCACUUGGCUUGUGAUAUUCUCGAGGAAGAGGAUGAUGAGGAUGAUAGCGCAGGCACAGAAAUGAAGAUACUGCGAGGACAUUGUGGGCCUGUGUACAGAACAAGGUUCCUGUCAGACAGCUCAGGGUUGCUCUCUUGUUCUGAAGACAUGUCCAUUAGAUACUGGGACCUCGGAAGUUUCACCAACACUGUGUUGUACCAAGGACAUGCCUACCCUGUGUGGGACCUGGACAUUAGCCCCCAUAGUCUGUACUUCGCCAGUGGCUCCUACGACCGCACUGCCAGGCUGUGGUCGUUUGACCGGACUUACCCACUGAGAAUAUAUGCAGGGCACCUGGCAGAUGUGGACUGUGUCAGAUUCCACCCUAAUUCUAACUACUUAGCCACCGGCUCCACCGAUAAGACCGUCCGGCUGUGGAGUGCUCAGCAGGGGCACUCUGUGAGGCUCUUCACGGGCCACCGAGGACCUGUGCUUUCUCUUGCAUUUUCUCCCAAUGGUAAGUACUUGGCAUCCGCUGGCGAGGACCAGAGGUUGAAGCUGUGGGACUUGGCAUCUGGAACCCUUUAUAAAGAGUUGAGAGGCCACACGGACAACAUCACUAGCCUUACGUUCAGCCCGGACAGCAGCCUGAUUGCCUCGGGCUCCAUGGACAACUCUGUGCGUGUUUGGGACAUCAGGAACACUUACUGCAGUGCUCCUCCUGAUGGCUCCUCCAGUGAACUCGUGGGCGUAUACACUGGGCAGAUGAGUAAUGUGCUGAGUGUACAGUUUAUGGCCUGUAACCUUCUUUUAGUGACGGGGAUUACACAAGAAAAUCAGGAACAUUAAUUUUUAAUUUUUGUGUUAAUGGAUUGGGGCAGUGGUGAAAGGCCUCAGGAUUGCAAGUCUUACUACAAACUGAGAUUAAAUCACUGACUGACUGUGAAAACACUUCCCUACUCUUCCUUUUCUCCCAUUGGUGGACAUCCUUAGUAUCCACACCUUCAUCCCGGCACCCCCCCCCCCCAAAUGUCGAAGGACUGAGGUGGCGGGGAGAAAGGCGAUUAAUAAGUGCACAUGACAGCAAGAACUAAGAUGCUUCUGAGGUCAGAUGGCAAGUUGUUACGAAGACCCCACCAUGCCCUGGUGCAGGUAUCUUAGUGUCUCUCCUCAUCUUUCCUGUCUGCAAAACUCAGAUAAUACUUAACCUCACCAGGGUGCUGUUUGAUUAGAGGGUGAUUGCAAAGCUCUUUCAAGAUAUGUAGUGCUACAAGUGUUAAGUAUUAUCAAUCACUUUCAUUGAGGGGAAAUCCUUAUCAGUUAGUAAUGCAGGGGAGGAAAGGGGAGGGGGAUAAUCCUGGCAAAAAGUCUUUCCUUUUCCAUAAUUACAAAAAAACAGGAUUUUUUUUAAUUAUUGCUAUUAUAAUAAUUAUAAUAAUUAUUAUUAUUAUUAUUGAGAAGAGGAAAUCUAGCACUGGCAGAGGGUACUUUCUCUGCUUUUAUCUUUCAGGUUUGACUCCUGGCACUGGCUGUGAUACUUGGAAUUUUGAGGUUCAGGGAAAUUAGAGAAUUUGGUAGCACAGUGUAUUGGGAGAAAGGGAAAAUUUAUGGGUGACAGAUUGAUCACUCUGGCUGACUUGUUUCUAGAAGUGGGUGGGUGGACUUGAUGGAGAAAGUUGUGGGAUCUUGCAGUGAUAGUGGGAAAGGCAGAUUCUUUUCAUGGCUGCACUUCUGUUAGUAAUUAUCUCCCCUGAAAAGAAUGAUUGUGGUAAAGAAAUGAAAAUAAUUUGAAAUUAUAAG